CGAGUGACGUAUAAUGCAUAUCGCGCGCCGAGGGGCGCGGGCGCCGUCGCUGCCAGUUGUGCUGUGCUGUCAACGCGGACGCUCGUAAUUUGUGCGCGUGUAGUUAAUUUGUGUUUUGAUAUGAACGCGCUUUCUCUAUUAGUUCGGUGUGAGUGCAAUACCUAAACACAUGCACUACACCAUGUCACAAGAAAACAUCAAUAGGCUUUCACACGAACCAACGUCGUCUGGUGAUGUUUCGGACAAUGACUGUGUAGAAUUAAGAAAGAAUAGAACCACUGUCAAAGAUAUGAUUCUUCGGUUCGAACGAACCGGUAUCCAUCUCGGUAGUUCUAGUGAAUCCUUGGAGAGACUGAAAGACCCUCUCCUGGGUAGUUUAACGAGCGUUGUAAAUCCAAUUCAUUCACACUUUCAGCAUUUGUGUCCAGUGAAUGCUAAUCAUGACAGAAAUUCAAAUGUGUCAGUAAAUUCUAUCUUAUCAAACGUUUCGGAAAUAAGUUAUGAAUCGAAUUCUUCAGGAUUCAUAUCAGAUCGCAAGUCUUCAUCUCUUAGACCACAUAGACCAGCGCCACCGCCGCCGCCUGAACCUUUUAAUGAUGACUCUUCGGUUGAAAGCAAGUCUCCAGUUCCAGAGAAAACUGUUGGAAAAGAGAGGCGUUAUUCAUUCGCUACUCCUUCCACUUCACCAAUUGUGCAACGACGAUCACGACAGCCGCCUGUAAUAAGAAGAAAAUCAACAAUCGGUGGACAAGGACACAAUAUUGGCGAGACGCUUUGGUCAUAUGGUGUAAGACAAAGUGAUUUAGAAAAAUUAUUACGAUUAAAACAAUCAGAAUCUUCAGAUAAUGAAGAAGAAAGAAACAAUAUAAUUAAAACUUCACCAAAUGAAAAUCGUAGUAGUAGUAGUAGUAAUAGUAGUAGUAGUAGUGACGAUACUAAUAACAGUGAUAAACUCAAAGAAAGUGAUGAAUACAUUGUAAAUAAUGAUGAAGGUAAAGCGGAUACGUUAUCAACAGACCAAUCUACGGAUACAUUAAUAAACGAUUAUGAAAGUGAUGAAGCAGACAAUAUAUCGAUGGCGUCUGGUGGAUCUGGGGAUCGCAGCAAUUUUGAUAAUGUUAGCAUCAAAUCGAUAUCAUCACUUGACAUGGUUCCUUACCAAAAGUAUGACAGUAUUACGGUAUCUUCAGACGAGUUUGGGUCCGAGGUUUGCCAUGCACCCGAUACGGAAUUCCUCACUGUGAGUGCAGUAAACGAGUGGUGUGUUUCAAAGUCCAUAGAACCGGUAUUAAUGCCAGUGGAAUCAAAAAAGGAAAAAUAUCGAAGGCGAAUGACUGAACGCGUGAAUGAGUUGCUACACACCGAAAAUGUAUACGUGGAGCGACUCAGGCAUGUGGUCGAAGAUUACAUCCCAGAAAUGUCUCGAGAAGAUUUACCAAUGACACUCACGGGUUCGAAGACGGACAUAUUUGCGAACAUUGAACGUAUAUGUCGGUUCCAUGCAGAGGAAUUCCUCCCAGCCUUGAGAGACUGUGAAAACGAUCUAAGGAAACUUGGUCAAUGUUUUCGGAGAUUCGAGCAAAGGUUUAAUAUGUACGUUAUGUACUCUAGAAAUAAUAAGAGAGCAACUAGACUGGUGUAUGAGCACAAACAAUUUUUCCAGCGACGACAGUUAGAAUUAGGUGAUAGAUUAGAUCUCUCCAGUUAUCUUUUAGAACCAGUUCAAAGGAUACCGAGGUAUAAACUGUUUCUAGAUGAUCUCGUAAAAACUUAUACAAACUACGAAAACGAGAGGUGUGAAUCGGACUCUAGAAUAUCUAAAUUAAGUGUGGACAGUGAUGAAACGGGCGGCAGCAAUGGAGAGUCGGAGACUGAUGAAACGCCGUUAGAAAGUUUGAAACUAGCUAAAACUAUGAUUGAAUGUGUUCUGACAGCGGUGGACGGGAUCAUGGCUUUGGAAAAUAUAAGAGAUUGCCCUCCUUAUUUGAACCUGUUGAAUCAGGGAAGAUUGUUACGGCAGAAUGAAUUCUAUGCUAUGGACAACGCGCGCCGGCGGCGACAACUCAUGAGAAUCUUUCUGUUUGACAAAUUGAUACUCAUUACAGCUGUUUAUAGGAAGCAAUUGACGGUUGAGUUCUUUAUAUAUAAAGAUCACAUACCGGUCGACGAUCUUGGCAUAACGGCAAAGGAGCAUGACCAGUACAAAUUCAGCAUUUGGUAUAAGAAGAGGAAUCUUAAGUCAUACAAAUUGGAGACACGAGAUUCGACGAUAAGGAACGGUUGGGUCGAGGAGAUUACUUCGUUGCUUUGGGAGCAGGCUAUGCAGAAAAAAGAACUUUUACUGCAGCAGCGCAGUAAACGAGUUUCCAUGGUGUCCAUGGACAGCCAAGAGUCCACAGAGACUGAGGGCAAGGAUGAUAAAUAUAAUUCUCUCCGAGGCGUGCCUGGCGAAGUUCGUCGUUCGGGAGACAAGAAAUUUCGAAGAACGACUUGGUAUUGUGAAUGAGGGCAGGGGCUUGAUGCAUCUGAACUAAAUGACAGGGAAAAAUAUAACUAAGACACAAUAGUACCUAUUAAACAAACUUUUAAAAUUGGCCAAGUUGCGGCGCGAAAGUGAUUGAUUCUAAUGCCGGUCACUCACUCACAUUCGCUCGAAUAUGCAAGCCCACAAGUGUAAGACGACAUUAGUUAUUUGUUAAUGUUUUACACGUACAUAUGCGCAAACAUUCGGAAGUUGUAUGACGUUUGUACACAAUUGAGUGACCCAGGUAAAAGAAAGACUGUUUACGUUUUCAUGCUGAUGAAGUUUUAGAUGUUGCACUCUCAAUGAUAGUGUUGCAUCAAUAUAAGAUGAGAAUGGUUUUACGAGAUUUGAAUGAGGCGUCUUGAUUCAUCAAGCACUACAUAGUAACUUGACUGCACUAGAGUUUUCCAAAGAUUUCUAUUUGAUAUAUACACGUAUAAAAUACGUCUUGUAAAAAUUUAACGUAUGUUCUUAUUUUAAAAUAUGAUUUAGUAACGAUUGAUUAAAGUUGAUGAAAUAUGUAUUAUCUUCGAUACAAUGUUUGUGAUAACAUGUUUUUAAAUAAAUUUAUUAAACUAAUUAAUCGUCAUAUCAGUCAUUAUUGUUAUUGUUAUUAAAGUACUAUUAAUGUAAUUAUACGACCAUGUCAGUAAUAAAACUAUCAAAUAAUUUGUAAAUAUAUUUAAUACUUUUUCGUGUA